AAACCAAGAUGGCGAUUUUCUUCAGUUUGUGAAAUUACACGCGCAUUUUUUUUGUAAAGCUAGUUUCAAAGCGAAAUUAAUAUAGAAUUUCACGAGCAAACGUCAAAAUAAACUGAAAGAUCUCUUUAGCGCAUUGAUAACAGAGCAAAGAUGGUGGACAAAAUUGAAAUGAGCCUUGACGAUAUCAUCAAGUCGACCCGCACACAGAAAAAACCACAGGGUGCGCGCGGCGGCCCCGGCGGAGCACGUCGGCCUGCUGGACAACAGCGUUUUCCGGCUGGCGGUCCGCGUCGCGGAGGUGGAGCCGGCUCAUCGCCAAGGAAACCAGCGCCAGCAAGCGGUGCAGGCGGCGUGCUGAAGGGUCGCCGUAGUGGCGGUGCUAGUGGUGGUGGCGGCGGCGCCAUACAGAAGUCGAAAUUCGCACGGGGCGAUGUGAACAGCGCUUGGAAGCACGAUAUGUAUGAUGGACCCAAGCGCGGUACUGCCAGCUCUGGAUCCGGCCCAACCCUCCUGAUUGUUAACAAUCUGGACUACGGCGUUUCGAACACCGACAUCAAGGAGCUAUUCAAUGAAUUUGGACCGAUUAAGAAGGCAGCCGUGCACUACGAUCGUUCCGGUCGCUCCUUGGGCACCGCAGAUGUUAUAUUCGAACGUCGCACCGACGCAAUGAAGGCCAUCAAACAGUACAACGGAGUGCCAUUGGAUGGACGUCCCAUGACCAUACAGCUUGCCGUAUCCGAUGUCAAUGCUUUAACCCGUCCAGUGGCCUUAGGGGAUAUCAAGCAUCGUGUAGGCGGCGGCGCCGGGGCCUCGGCUCCUUACAAACGCGGUGGUGGCCAGGCCGGUGGACCGCGUCGCGGUGGCUUGAGACGUCCGGCCCCGGGUGGUGGAGGUGUUGCACCCAAGCCAGCUGGCGGAGCACGCCGCGAACGCAAAGCCCCACCAACUGCCGAGGAGCUAGACGCCGAACUGGACUCGUACAUUAAUGACAUGAAGAUCUAAAUAGUUGAUAGUCUGAUAUUUUAGUCUCUAACAAAGAUAAAUGAACACCCCACUAGACUUAAGGCCUACCAUAAGGACGGAAUAUCCUUAUGGUAAAAUAACAUAAUUCUGUACCAAUAACGACGCCGCGCAAAGGAAAGAACCCGAAAAGCAGUUUGGAACGAGUACUCUUUCAUCUAGUAAGAUAAAUGUUAAAUUUAAAUGCGUCAGAACGCAUGUGAAUACUGCAAUGUGGCGAAAAUAGUUUAAAUACAAUUGAGCUGUAUUUAUUUAAAAUAGACAUAUGCUUUAACGAAGUGAGAAUUGACUAUGCAAA